CUUUUUCUUUUUAUAUAUACAGGGGCAGAGAAAGUCUUUCUUUCAUACAGACUAUUUCUCAUUUCUCUUUCUCUCUUUUUUGUUAAACAAUUUUUUUUUAAAAAUAUGUUGAAUGAUCAACUCACUACACAAUCAGCCAGUGGAAUCACAGUGAUUCGUAAAAAACUCCAAGGCUAUGUAGGAUUUGCCAAUUUACCCAACCAAGUUCAUCGAAAGUCCGUAAAGACCGGUUUCCAAUUCACAUGCAUGGUUGUUGGUGAGUCAGGUCUAGGAAAGUCUACUUUGGUAAACACCUUGUUCAAUACCCAACUUUAUCCUCCCAAAGAAAACAGAGAUAUUGCCAAGCAUGCAUCACAAACAGUUGAGAUUAAAUCCAUCACGGCUGAUAUUGAAGAAAAUGGGGUUAAAUUAAAGCUGACUGUUGUUGAUACACCUGGUUUUGGUGACUUUGUGAAUAACGAAGAGAGCUGGAAACCCAUCUUGGAUGAUAUCGAAUCUCGUUGUGAUGCCUAUCUUGAACAAGAAAAUCGUGUGAAUCGUCGAAGAAUGAAUGAUAAUCGUAUCCAUGCCUGUCUCUACUUUAUCGCACCCACAGGUCAUGCCUUGAAACCUGUUGAUAUUGAAUUCAUGCGUAGACUUCAUACGCGCGUUAAUCUCAUCCCCAUCAUUGCUAAAGCAGAUACCAUGACCCAUGAGGAAGUGGUACUUUUUAAAGAGCGUAUCUUGGCAGAUAUUCACUAUCAUCAAAUUCAAAUCUAUCAGGCUCCUGUUUACGAAUACGAUGAUCAAGAAACCAUUGCUGAAAACACAGAAAUCAUGUCCAAAAUACCCUUUGCGGUUGUGGGCUCUGAUAAAGAAUUUGAAAUUGAGGGGGGUCGUCGUAUUCGUGGUAGAAUGUACCCUUGGGGUCUGAUUGAGGUGGAUAACGAAGACCAUUGUGAUUUUGUUAAACUCCGACAAAUGUUAAUCCGGACGCAUAUGGAGGAGUUGAAGGAAUACACCAAUGAUGUCCUUUAUGAGAAUUAUCGUACAGAGAAAUUGACAGCUAUGGGUAUUCAACAAGAUUCUUCUGUCUUUAAGGAAGUCAAUCCUACACAAAAAAUGGAGGAUGAACGUAUUGCACACGAACAAAAAUUAACAAAGAUGGAGUCUGAAAUGAGAGCUGUCUUCCAAGCCAAGGUAACUGAAAAGGAAGCUAAAUUGAAGCAAUCUGAAGCAGAGUUGUACGCUCGUCACAAGGAGAUGAAGGAUGCUCUUGAUAAACAAAGAUCCGAUUUGGAAGAAAGAAAACGUCGUUUGGAAUCUGGUAGACCCAUGACACCUGAAAAGUCCAAGAAGAAGGGAUUUUCAUUCAACAAGUAAUAAUGAUAAAUGUCUAUUUUUUUUUUUUUUUUUUUGGUGUGGUAUACAAAAAUGAUGUUAUUUGUGUGUGUGUGUGUGUGUGUGUGUGUGUGUGUGUGUGUGUGUGUGAGAUAAAUUUUUAAUUGUUGUUUGUUAAAGUGACUUGUUCGGUUAAUUUCAUAUUGCGGUCCAAGCGUUUUAAUGAACGAUCCAUUUGACGUACUUGAGCCAUUAAAUCAUCAUAGGCACGACAAAUCUCCUUGUCAAUCUCUUCCCAUUCAGCUUGUGGGUAUAUCAGAAACGCAUUCUUUAAUGAUGUAAAUACAAUCUCCAUUGACGCACGGUCCGCUUGUAAAUCAUCGAGGUUGUUCUGAAGUUGUUCUAAUUCUUCGUAUUGGCGUUGUACUUCUUUGGCUUGUCGGGUAUUCAUUUAAAUGAUGGGUAGAGGGGGAAUAAGAUGGAUGUAUAUAUAUAUAAAGAAAAAAAAAAGAAAAA